CGCGCACGGUGCCCUGCGCGCCGCCGCCCGCCGCUGCGCACAGACAGCCGGUGCUGGGAGAGAGAGAGAGAGAGAGAGAGAGAGAGAGAGCUGCUAUUACUUGUGACAGAAAACGGCACUGAGCACAGUCUGAUGAGCCGCUGCUCCGACAAGAUGCUGAGCGUCGCCGUGCUGUGUGUGUGCGCCGUCGCCUUUGGACACGUCUCCGCUCGCUCGGACAGCGGCAAUUUUCUGGAUGAUAAGUGGCUCACCGGCAGAUGGGAUAAAUUCAGAGAUGAGGUUGAGGAGCCUGGAACAUGGACUCCAUCCAAGCCCUUCGAUCAAGCCCUUGAUCCUGCCAAAGACCCCUGUCUGAAGAUCAAAUGCAGUCGCCACAAGGUGUGUGUGGCUGAGGAUUACAAGACUGCCUCUUGUGUCAGCCAGAGGAGAGUUAGUUUGAAAGAUGCCAAUUUGCACCCAAGUGCUGGGUUGAAGUGCAAGCCGUGCCCUGUGGUUCACCCCUCACCUGUUUGUGGAAGUGACGGCCACACCUACUCCACUAAGUGUAAGCUUGACUACCAGGCAUGCAUCACAGGAAAGAAGAUUACCAUGAAGUGUCCUGGCAUGUGUCCUUGUCCCCCACAACCUGAGCUGGGUUCUGAAGAGAAAAAAGUGUGCAGUGAAUCAGAUCUGAAGGAGGAGGUGAGUCGCCUGAGAGACUGGUUCAGAGUGCUGCACGAGAACGGAAACCACAAGAGAGCCAAGAUCCAAAAACCAGAGAAGAACAAGUUUGAUGUCGGGACAUCACCCAUCUGUAAGGACCCCCUGGGUUGGAUGUUCUCCCGACUGGACACAAACUUUGACCUUCAGCUUGACCAGUCAGAGAUCAAGAGCCUCUAUCUGGACAGGAACGAGCCGUGCUCAGACGCUUUCUUCAAGUCAUGUGAUACACAUCCCGACAAAGUCAUAACCAGUUCCGAGUGGUGCACGGGAUUCCAGAGAUAUACAGAUUCCCCGUGUAAAGCAGAGCUUUCCAGCAUCAGCAAAAAGCAGGCUGGGAAAAAGUUUCUUGGUCAGUAUCUGCCUUCCUGUGAUGAGGAGGGCUACUACAGGCCAUACCAGUGUCACAGCAGCAGUGGCCAGUGCUGGUGUGUGGAUCGCUUUGGCAACGAGGUGGCGGGUUCACGCACCCACGGUCCUGCAGACUGUGGUGUAAUUCUGGAGUCUUCGGGGGACCUUGGCAGCGGUGACUCACUCUUAACCAACGACGAAGAAGAUUCAUUCGUCCUUAGCGACCAGACAGGUAUGGACGACGAGGAUGAUGAAGAUGAGGACGAUGAUGAAGAAGAAAAUGAUGAAUAUUUGUCAUAAAAAAAAAUAAAAAAUAGAACAAAAGAAAAAAGAAAAUGAAAUAACUAUAUGUUUUGUCAAACUGCACGUUUCUAGGUGACCCCCCAGGCAGGUUAUCCAUCAUAAUAACAGCCUACAGACUUUUCUCUGCGUAUUGUUUUUCCAUCAGUUAAAGGAAAGAAAAAAAAAAUCUAUAUUUUAGGAACUUGUGUCGGAUUUUUCCUCCUGUUUAAAUAGAAGAUAUACUUGUACACUUGUAUUUCAAACAAGCGGAGAAUAUAACUAACUUACAAACCGGUCCAUUAGUUUGGAUUUGGUCACUUGUGCAAAGACCUUUCCUUUCAGUGGACAGUCCAUGUCUUUCAGUGUCUCGUGUCCUUGUGGAACACUCCGAUGCCUGAGUGUGUUGAUGCCUGAAGGCACAACGUUAAAGAGAUUUCCCUUUUCCCUCAUUCCGCCGUCUUUUUCACUUCAUCCGUCCGAUCUUUUUAUCCUUAUCAAAUGUUCCCCUGUAUAGGUGGGAGGUUGAUGAUGUAGAUAAGAGAAUGUUGCACCCAUUGGGUUUCUUUUGAUCUUUUUUUUUUAACUGUAACUUUGUGGGAAAGGCAAGAUAAGAGUUAGACAUGCUUCAUCAGACGAAUUAAGGCAUAAAACACAAAACAAAUAAUUGUAAUAAAAAAUAUAUAAUCAAAAAUAUGAGCUGUUGUCAGAUGCAGAUCUAGUCAAAUCUUCAAAAGCUCAGAAAGGAUAAAAAAUCUACUGUUUGGCCUUGUGUUGUUUUUUUUUUAUUAUUUUUGUUUUUGCUGCAGAGGGGAAUUAUUGUUAUCUAUUUUUCUAAUCCAUUGUAGGGCGAGUACUGGAGAUGAAACAGAUUUGUCUUAGCAUGUCUAAUACAGCGUGAUGUUGUUUCCAUCUGUAGGGUCAAAGGCCAAACCUUUGAGGAACUCAAAAUGGAAAAGAACAAAAAAAAAAAAAAAGAAAAUAGCUUGGAGUUGUAAUGAAAAAAAUCGUCUUAAGCUUGUACAGAUGAAAGCUUCUCAGAGUUCAGAAAAUAUGAUGUUGAUGUUUUUAUAUGGCAGUUGCGUGAUUUUAACACACAGCAUAGCAGAUUACAUUUCUUGCACAUUAAAGAAAGAAAUAAAAAUUAAAACAGAGCAAUGCAAAUGUGUUGGAAAUAUAUGGCAGAAAUGUACACACCCCUGUUUAAAACGCCAGUUUUUGAGAUGUAAAAAAAAUGUCAUCGUGAUAAAUAAUUUCAAUGCCUUUUCAGACCAUACAACAUUCUCCCACCAGGUUUGGGGUCAUUUUAGUCAGGCCUGGACAUUUUUAUUAAUUUUUUGGAAGACAAGGCUUCUAUCAUAUAGUCCUACUAAUUUGUAUAGAUAGAGAAUACAGGAGGGUGUUUUUUUCACAUGUUCUGCAUGUGAAAAGAAUCUCCUGAAUUUUACAACCUAUAGUUGCAAGAAUUCCUACAACUACUUCAGCAUCGUUGUCAGCCUUUUUUUUGUAUUGCAAUCAGUUAUGUAGAAAAUCCUAUUAGAACAGCUAAAAUUUCCUUCAGCCAAAUCAGAUUCACCAUAACUGAUAGCAGGUGCAAACUGAAGAAGGCUGAAAAUCUAAGGGUGCUUUAACAAAAUUAGUUAUAACAUAACAUUAAGCACACCUAUGCAACUGGGUAAUUACGGCCUUCUUUAAAGGUGGAAAACGUUUUUAGAUGAUCUAUCAUGGUGUAAUUUUUCUAUCAGAUAAAUCUGGCAUUUUACCAGCGUUGUGUCAGCUUCUGAGAUCCACUGUAGGUUGUGAGGGUUUAGUGGUAAGGUGUGCCUUUUUGCUGGUAAGGCCAUGUGAUGAGGGUGCAGAAAGGACUGACUAUGUAUGAGUAGCUUUACUCUCGAGCCCGCAUAUUACAGUACAUUGACUUAGAUCUGUCAUUUCUUUAAGGGUCUCGUUUAUGAUGCUGUUACCAUAGCUUCCAUCAGUCUUUUGUUUUAUCACAUAGGGUAGCUAGACUGUAGAGAGAUGUUUAGCAGUUAGGGCAUAUAAGCACUCUGCUGGAUAUGAAAUGUUUUAUAUAGAUUAUACACUGGCUAGAGGAAGCUUUGGUUUAGACAGCUUUAUACGAGAAGAAACAUCGUUUCAGUAGCUUAAUCUGAUCAGUUGUAUCCAUCUAUUUAUAGGGUAAACCUGCCAGGGUAAAAUAAAAAAGAACUCUCUGAUCUCAGAUGUGUUUGAUUAAGUCACAUUAAUGCAGGUCUGAGAUCAGCUAAUGCUAAGUUGCAGUAAUUACUCUACAAUUUGGCUUCAUUCUUAAUCUUUCUAAAAUGUUAAGACCUGAAAAGUGCCAUCUAAGUGUCCGUUUUUCUGUUUUUUCUUUUUCUUUCCUUCCACUGUUUGUAAUUUUGAUUUUAAAUUCACUUUAGAAACUGGAUAACAUUUCAGUCUGGAAGCGUUUAAUGACUGUGAUGACGUGCAAAUCUUUUUGAUGACCUCGGACACUGUAGCCACUCUUUCACCAAUCCCACACUGUCAUCACAGCUCUGAUAGUGUUAGGUUAUGAUACAGAUGCAUUUUUUUACAGUGUAUGUAUAAUUUGCUGAAAUAAAAGCUAAAUUGACCAAUG